AUGGGUGGGAACGGAAUGGAAAGGCGGGGCUGGAGGCAGCUUCCCGACAGGACGGAACUGAGCACUUGGUCCUUCCCUGAGUGGCUCCCGAGUGGAGGCAGGAAGGGCUCCCCGACCAUCCCGCGCCUUCCGGCUUCUCCCAGCAUUACACCGGCUCUGAUUGGCCACAGCUCGGGUACCAUCUAUUCGCGUCCACGACCUUCCAACUUGGCUCAGCUAGGGGAGGAGCAGGUAUCUCGUACCUUCUAUCCGGACAAACUCAUGUCAAUUGGACAGCCCCGGGGAAAUAUUGGAGAUGGACCAUAUGCAUUUCUGUCAAAAGUUCAAAACGUCUCCAGCCUUGAAGCGGCCCCACGCAACCCAGUGCACUGGUGCCGGUUUCUUCUCGCAGAAGGGGGGCCAUUGGGUGGAAGACAUCAAGGAGUCAUCGGCCUGAUUUGGCAAUCGCCUGGACUCGUGAGCCCUGGGAGGCCCCCUUUGGCCAGCCCCUGGGAUGCAAGCCCCAAAUUUCCCCGUGUUUUUGGUGGUCGUGUGCGUUCAGGCGUUGGACAAAUUGACGUUCCAGCGCAGCUUUAG